UGUUGGUGGUGUAUUAUGGAUACACGGAAGUGUAGUGUUGUUUAGCUUCCGUUUAGUAUUUGUUUUCUUGUUAUUGCUGUAGGUGUUUGAUAACUUAAUUUUGCUUAAUUUUCUUUUGCUCACUUUAAUCGGCAAAUAUGGCUAUGCAAGCAGCGAAAAGAGCUAAUAUUCGUUUGCCUCCUGAAGUAAACCGUAUACUGUACAUCAGAAAUUUACCAUACAAAAUUACAGCAGAAGAAAUGUAUGAUAUCUUUGGAAAAUAUGGACCAAUCAGACAAAUAAGAGUUGGAAAUACACCUGAAACAAGGGGAACAGCAUACGUUGUCUAUGAAGACAUAUUUGAUGCCAAAAAUGCUUGUGAUCAUUUGUCUGGAUUCAACGUCUGCAACAGAUACCUGGUUGUCCUUUACUAUAAUGCAAAUAGGGCAUUCCAGAAGAUGGACAUAAAGAAGAAGGAGGAACAGCUCAAACUUCUAAAGGAGAAAUAUGGUAUCAACACAGAUCCGCCAAAGUAAUGGAUUUCAUAGCCUGAACAAUCUGGGAUCAUCAGCCCUAAACCUCUGCAAGCCCUUUUAAUUUAAAAUGUUUUUGUACCCUCUCAUAUGUAUAAAGAAUGGCCUAUUAAAAAGUUCACAGGAGUACUUUUUCUUCAUCCCACCAUAUUGAAUUUAUUGCAUAAAGGCACAUUGUAAAUAAGCAUUGUUUUUUUUUACAAAGAUUUGUGUGUAGAACUUUACCUUUUCAAAAACUUUGCUGCAAGAAGGCGGCAGGGUGGCAGUUUUUAACUUACUUUGAAGUUUGCUUCCUGAACGACAUUUCUGACAGACCACAUUGAUACAUAUUUUAACAGACCACAGUAGAGUUGCACAAAUAUUUACUUGUCUGUGUUUUUUCAUGAGUAAAGCUAGAUAAUGUCAUUGUUUUAUACUGGUCAAAUUUUGUGAAUUGUUGCAUUUAGCGCAUCGCAAAUUAUUGUUUCAGAGUAAAGGGGAUUAGUUCAAGCUAUGAUUUUGGGGGUAGGAUGCUAAUUCUUUGUGUAUGAAUGUAUUACUGUAUUGCAGUCAGACAUAUGGCCACCCUGGUCAUUUACUUAAUUUUAUAGCCUUACACUGUCACCAGAGUUCUAAAGCUUAAUUUUCGGUAGCAUUUGUCUUGCUAAAACUGUCUGCAAAGUCUGGUUGCUCAUUGCCACAGUAAGUGCUAUACUUGAUGCUUUUUCUCACAGGCUUUAUAUACCUGAAUAAUUUAAGUUCAUAAACCAUUGUAAUAAUAAAGUGAUACAUCUUUAAAUAUUUAUUUGCAUUAUUCUGCCACUGCUCAUUUAUAGCUCAUAUUCUCUCUAAACAGUGAUACUGUUAACCUCUUGUGCUCCAACUGAAAACAUGCAUGCUUCUUAGUCUGGUAUGAAAAGUUCUGUUUAUUGUGCUCUUUACACUGGAACAUUUUUGUUGCAGAAAUGGAUAUUAGUUGCCUUUUAGCUCAAGAAAUAAAUAAGCAAAUAAAAAUAAAAUACAGGUAUGUGUCAGUA